UUGAUGGGUUAUCUUAUUUUGUGGAGAAAGUUGCUUUAGAAAGAUAAUUCAGCCCAAAGACAAUCUGGAAUGACUCCAACAGCCACAAGUGAUUUAGCCUUUUUUUCCUUGCUAUUUUUACUCAUGCUUAAAUGAAUACAGAUUAUGUGAUAACAACAGUGCAGACAAAUCCUUCACUUGUGAAAGUAAAAUACACAUACAGUAAUAACAAUAAUGAAUGGGGUUUUUUAAUCAUGCAUCUUUUCACACAUAUUAUGCUAUGCUGCUUACGUUUAAAGGAACAAACAAAGAGGAGAGAAUCAAAUGAGAAUAAUACACAGAAAUACAAAAAAAGUAUAUGGAUGCAAAGAAUAUGAUGGAUCUACUGUCUUCCAAUUGGAAGAAAAUAACAAAAAGUUAAGCAGAUAAACUAUGGUUAAAUUUAUCUUGCCGAUAAAGCUGGUAUGAACGAUUUCAUGAAAUGUGUGCACUUUGUGUUAGAAGGACAAAUCUUUAUUGCCAUCUUUCUGCUACCUGUAGAAUUUUCUUAUCAAGUGUUUUCAAACCAGUGUUGUUUAUAGUAAGGUGCACAAAUCAAGGUAAACUGCAUGUAUCAGGACAGGUAGCUGAGAACAUAACAUGUUCUCACCAUUGAUAAGAGAAGCUGUGUUAUGAUUUGGUGUAAACUGAGAAGAACGGCGGUAUCAGCACAGAUCCCUGCUGUACUCCAGUUGUGAACAGCCUCUGCUAUUUAUACAUCUAGAGCAGGGUUCCUCAAAUCUUGUCCUGGAGGGCCAAUGUGCUGCAGAGUUUAGCUCCAACCUUGAUCAAACUCACCUACUUGUGAUUUUCUAAUGAUCUUGAACACAGUGAUUAGCAUGCUAGGGUGUGUUUGAUUAUGGUUAGAGCUAAACUUUGCAGAAAAAUGGAUCUUGUGGGCCAGAUUUAAGGAUCCCUGAUCUAGAGAAUGAUUUUUUUUGCCUCUAUUUUAUUUCUAAUAUCAUGCUAAAAUUUCACAUUUUGUAAACUAUGUCAAAAAGCAUAGCUAAUUUUUUCCCCCACUUUGUGUGCCUGGCUGUUUUUGUUUGUUGUUGUGUUUGCACAGGUGUGUCUUUGUCCAGUAGCCUUAUGGCUGGUUCUGAGACAGAUGCAGCAAAAAGGUGGCAGAAAUGUGUGGACUCUGUGCUGUGUGAUCUAACUAAGGAUCAACUGAAAUCUAUUGAAAACAACAGUGAGGAACGGGACUUUUUGGUGGUACAUCACCUGGCAGACCUGAAAGAAUGCUGCAUCUCUCCACUCAUUCAUGGCACACCUAUCACCUGUAAAGUGGAAAACACAGAGCGAUACACCACCCGCUCUAAGGUACGUGUGUGCACUCUCUACACGGUCCGUCUGACACAUGGCGAGUUCACAUGGACGGUAAAAAGAAAGUACAAGCACUUCCAGGAGCUUCACAGAGACCUUUACAAACACAAAGUGAUACUGCAGUUCUUGCCCCUGGGAAGAUUUGCCAUUCAGAGACAACAGCUGGCAAGUUUGACAGAGGAAAUGCCAACUUUACAUGGAAGCGAUAGAAACAGGAGAACGUCUGGCAAACCGAAAUAUCUGGAGGAAUAUUUAAACAACUUGCUAGAAAACACUUUCUACAAGAACUUUCAGGGGAUGUUGGACUUCCUGACAAUCAGUCCACUGUCCUUCAUCAGAGACCUUGGACCCAAAGGCCUUGAAGGUUAUAUUCUGAAACGGUCCGGGGGUCACCGCAUCCAGGGGUUCAACUGCAUCGGUCACGAUCAGGUCUGCUUCCGCUGGUCUCGCCGUUGGCUUGUGGUGAAGGAUUCGUUCCUACUGUACAUGUCCAGAGACCCUGGCGUUGUGUCGUUUGUGCUGCUGUUUGACCCAGAGCUGAAGGUGUUGGUUGGAAGUGUUUACACUGAUACCAAGCAUGGCGUCUGCAUCGAGAACUUCAGCAGGAAGCUGGUGAUUAAGUGCAGUAGCUACAGGCAGGCCCAGUGGUGGAGUCAUGAGAUUCGGAGUCUCUCUAAGCGCUGUGAUUUCCUCCAGAAGCAUCGCUUUGAUGGCUUCGCCCCACCCAGACCGGACACUCUCACUAAGUGGUAUGUUAAUGGGAAUGGCUAUUUCUCAGACGUGGCUGAUGCCCUGGAACAGGCCAAGCAGGAGAUCUUCAUCACUGAUUGGUGGCUCAGUCCAGAGGUUUUCCUUAAACGUCCAGCUACAGGAACGUACUGGCGCUUGGACAAGAUUCUCAGACGCAAAGCAGAACAGGGCGUGAAGGUGUGUGUGUUAUUGUAUAAGGAGGUGGAAAUGGCUCUGAAUAUCAGCAGUGGCUACAGCAAGAGAACACUGAUGAACCUGCACCCCAAUAUUAAGGUGAUGCGUCACCCUGAUCAUGUUGCCUCAGUUGUGUUCUUCUGGGCCCAUCAUGAGAAAAUGGUUGCCAUCGACCAAUCAGUGGCCUUUGUGGGUGGGUUGGAUCUUGCGUUUGGGAGGUGGGAUGACAGCGACUAUAGGCUGAGUGAUUUGGAAGCCCCAAAAACAGGCAGUAAUGCAGAGGCAGCCCGAGAGUCUGAUGCUGUGGAUGGCUCUGCAGUUCCUCUGGCAGAACCUGUGGCAGAGUGUGAGGAUGAAGUAGAUCUGAGCUGUAAUGCCCUCUUGUGGUUGGGAAAAGAUUACAGCAACUUUAUCAAGAGAGAUUGGUCACAGCUGAACCAGCCCUUUCAAGACAAUGUUGACAGAACUCAGGUGCCACGCAUCCCCUGGCGAGACCUGGGUGCUGUGCAUCAUGGGAAGGCAGCCAGAGAUCUCGCACGACACUUCAUCCAGCGCUGGAACUUCACAAAGAUCUUUAAGAACAAGUACAAGGGUGACUUCUACCCGUACCUACUGCCGAAAUCCCACUGCACUGCAGAUAAGCUGCCAUUCACCAUCCCUGGUGCCUCAAAAGCCUCUGUACAGGUUCUUCGUUCUGUGGAUCACUGGUCUGCUGGCACAUGUGAACAAUCGAUCCUCAAUGCCUAUAUACAUGUUAUCAAGAACAGCGAGCAUUACAUUUAUCUAGAGAACCAGUUCUUCAUCAGCUGCUCAGAUCAGAAGAAUGCCAUUGGAGACACUAUUGUCAAACGGAUCCUACGGGCUCACAGUGAGAGGAAGAAGUACAGGGUGUUUGUUGUAAUUCCUCUGCUGCCCGGCUUUGAGGGUGACAUCAGCCAGGGAGGAGGAAAUGCCAUUCAGGCUAUACUGCACUUCACCUACAGAACGAUUAAUCGAGGAGAACACUCCAUUCUCUCAAGAUUAAAGAAGCAAAUGCAGGACGAAUGGACACAGUAUAUUUCUCUGUGUGGUCUGCGCACACACUCUGAGCUCGGCCAGUCCCCUGUAACAGAGCUCAUCUACGUCCAUAGCAAAGCCCUCAUCGCUGACGACCGUUGCUACAUCAUAGGGUCAGCUAACAUCAAUGACAGGAGCAUGCUGGGCAGUCGUGACAGUGAGCUGGCAGUGCUGGUGGAGGAUGAAGAAAGAGUUCCCUCAAUCAUGAACGGAGAGGUGUACCAGGCUGGACCACUAGCACUCGCCUUACGAAAGGAGUGCUUCAGCGUACUUCUCGGAGCAAAAUCUGACCCCAGUCUGAACAUUGAUGAUCCAGUCUGUGAUCAUUUCUUCAACGAUGUUUGGAACAAAAUCGCUCAAACAAAUGCCAUCAUCUAUGAGAAGGUUUUCCGAUGUCUUCCACUGGACUCCAUCCGCAACUUGCGUGAGCUGCAGGAACAAGUGAAUGCUCAAAACCUCAGUCUUACUGACCCGGAGAAAGCCAAAGAAGAACUAAAGGCAAUCCAGGGCAUCCUGGUCCAUUUCCCACUGCACUUCCUGUGCGAGGAGUACCUUCUCCCAUCUCUUAAAAGCAAAGAAGGAAUGGUUCCUACGGAGGUGUGGACAUAGCAGGGAAGAGUAUCCAGCGAAAUGGAAGAUUUCAGAACUUAAAAUAUCACACAUCUGCUAACUAAGCUGGAAGCUAUGGUGGUUAACCGCCACACGUUUGGCCAAUUUGGUUUGGACUAAAGUAAUGGUAUUAAAUGAAUGUUUAGUUCUGAACACUAACCCAAAUUAGUGUAGAAAUACAAAAUAAUCUUGCAUAAGAAGAUAGACACGUUUAUACCAGGAGAAUCACAUAGUGUGGUUGCUAAUUAUAUGAAGAUACAAUGAAAUGACAUCAAUCUUCUACCCAAAUGCCCAUUAUGACCACAAAUGUCAUGACCGGAGUAUUUAAAAUGGCUGAGGAUUUAUAGUACUGCAUAUCAGAUGAGGAAAAAAGAGCGAAUAAGGCGAAAGAGAGAGAGUAUUUUUGAUGCUCGAGGAACAGAACGUACAUUUAUUGUUGUGAAUAUGUGUGGGUGGAUGGUGCUGCUUUACCUUCUUUUCCCUCUUUCUUUCUUUAUUUCUUGUGUGCGCUACACCUCACAGUGCAGUGGCAGCAAAUCUGUCAGAACAUUUGUGGUUGUUAUGGUGACGGGUAUAAAGAGCUGACUUGGUCUUGGCUGCUGAGAGAGAGAUAGAGAGAACGAAAGAAAGAGGCAGGAAGAGAUUGUUAAGAAGCAGGAAAAAAUAGACAAACAUGAAUAACUGUGUGUGUGUG